AGCUUUGCAGCCAUGAAAACCCUGCUCAUCGCCUUCUUGGCAGCUGUCAUUUGCACAGAAAAAGUGCAUUCCCUUUCUUGCUAUUCCUGUGAAAAUGAGCCUUCCAACUGGAAUUGCAUGUCCAUGAAGAAGUGUGCGGAAUCGGACAAUUACUGCACCACCAUCAAAACAAUUAACAAGGGCAGAAAUGGUGGGUCCGAUGACUACCGGAUUAGCAAGAGGUGCGCUCCAACGUGUAAUGAAAACUUCAUGGACACGGGAUCCUCAUCGGUCGCUACUAAAUGUUGCCAGUUCUCCUUCUGCAACAUCAGUGGGGCCACCAGCGUGAAGAUUAGCAAUAUGGUGCUGGUUUUGGGCAUCCUGGCCAGUUUCCUCUACGUUUUCCAGUCUGGAUAAGGGAGCGCUGACAAUUUUUAUGAGAGA